AUGACCUCAGUACUUCGCCCAGCUUUACGCCUCACCCGAAAUAUACCAGCUCGCUCAACAUUGUGUACGGUCUCUUACCUUACACCAGCGCGUAAUGUCGUUAGAUUGUCACGCUCGCCCGUCGCCUCGGCAUCUCGGCGAACACUCGCGACGCAUGCUUCAGACCGCCCGCCCUCACAUCCUACACUGCUAGUCCGGCACCCAACGCAAGAAGACUUGGACUCGGAAGAGAUUGAUGCCGAAGUUAUUGUGCCGGAAGAGGCCAAGUUGGAAUUGACGGAUCGCGCGGCGGAGCAAUUACACAGGAUAUCUGAACGCGAAAAGAAUGAUGAAGCAGCCCUGAGAAUAGCUGUUGAGUCGGGAGGCUGUCACGGAUACCAAUACAAGAUGGAGCUCGCGAAGGCGUUCGCGCCAGAUGAUUACAUCUUUUCACAUCCGGAAAUUAAACCAGCCCGUGUGGUUGUUGAUGCAGUGUCUUUGAGGCUACUCAAAGGGGCGACUGUGGACUUCGCGACGGAGCUAAUCGGCAGUUCCUUCCGGAUAUUGGACAACCCUCAAGCCAAAGGCGCAGGAUGCGGCUGUGGUGUCAGCUGGGAAGCAAACAUCUAG